CCAAACACAACACUAAAGCCCUAAAUUGAGAGAUCAACUACAAUACCCAAGAUGCACCGCGAAUGACAACAAACGUGACAACGCCAACAAACAUUUCACUGCAAAGAAGCCGGGCAUUUCAAUUCUUCCUGCGAUAUGAGGUGUUGCUUCCUGUAGCUGCAGUCAUGGCGCCAGGGGACUUGGUGCCGGACAAUGCCAAGCAGCCCAAGUCAAAGGAGAAGCGGCCCCCCAACAAGUCGUCCAAAGUAGACUGUGAGUCAGACGGCUCCUUUCUCUUUGAGGCCCAUGAGGCUUGGAAGGAGUUCCAUAACUCGCUGAUGCACUUCUAUGAAGUUGGAGAGCUCUGUGACGUGACGCUCAAGGUUGGCAGCAGGCUGAUCCCAUGUCACAAGCUGGUGUUGGCCUGUGUUAUCCCAUACUUCAGGGCCAUGUUCCUGUCCGAAAUGACCGAAGCCAAGCAGAAGCUCAUAGAAAUUAAAGACUUUGAUGGCGAUGCCAUCCAGGACCUCGUCCAUUUUGCGUACUCUUCCAAGCUCACACUGACCGUCGACAAUGUCCAGCCUCUGCUUUAUGCUGCCUGCAUCCUCCAGGUAGAGCUGGUGGCCAGAGCUUGCUGCGAAUACAUGAAGGCCCACUUCCACCCUACCAACUGCCUAGCCGUACGCACCUUUGCCGAGAGUCACAAUCGCGUGGACCUGAUGGACAUGGCCGACCGCUACGCCUGCGAGCACUUCUCGGAGGUCGUGGAGUGUGAGGACUUCACCCGCGUGUCUCCCCAGCACUUGCGCACACUGCUGGCGUCCGGAGACCUCAAUAUCCACUCGGAGACACAAGUGUACAAAGCAGCGGUGAAAUGGCUCAAAGCAAACCCGCAGCACCACCAGACCUGGCUGGACCAGCUCUUUUCUCAGGUGCGCCUCCCCCUGCUCCCUGUAGACUUCCUGACCGGAACAGUGGCUAAGGAUGAGAUGAUCAAAAGUAACCUGAGCUGUCGUGACCUGAUGGACGAGGCCAGGAACUACCACCUGCACCUCAGCAACAAGGUUGUGCCGGACUUCGAGUACUCCUCCCGCACCGUACCAAGGAAACACACUGCAGGGGUUCUGUUCUGUGUGGGAGGACGAGGGGGUUCUGGUGACCCGUUUCGCAGCAUCGAGUGCUACUCCAUUAGUAAAAACAGCUGGUUCUUGGGCCCUGAGAUGAACAGCAGACGGCGGCACGUUGGUGUCAUUUCUGUAGGAGGAAAAGUUUAUGCUGUGGGAGGCCAUGAUGGUAAUGAGCACCUGGGCAACAUGGAGGUGUUUGACCCCCUCACUAACAAAUGGAUGAUGAAAGCCUCGAUGAAUACUAAGCGGAGGGGUAUCGCCCUGGCAGCGCUCGGUGGGCCCAUUUACGCUAUCGGAGGUCUCGACGACAACUCGUGUUUCAACGACGUGGAGCGAUACGACAUCGAGAGCAACUGCUGGAGUGCCGUGGCGCCCAUGAACACGCCCAGAGGAGGGGUGGGAUCUGUGGCGCUAGGGAGCUAUGUCUACGCCGUGGGAGGCAACGACGGCAUGGCGUCACUGUCAAGCGUCGAGCGCUUUGACCCGCACCUCAACAAGUGGACAGAGGUCAAUGAGAUGGGUCAGCGGCGGGCCGGGAAUGGAGUCAGCAAGCUGAACGGCUGCCUCUACGUUGUCGGCGGUUUUGAUGACAAUUCACCUCUGAGCUCCGUGGAGCGCUUCGACCCUCGAAUGCACCGCUGGGAGUACGUAUCGGAGCUGACCACUCCGCGGGGAGGCGUGGGCGUCGCUACGGUGAUGGGCAGAGUAUUCGCAGUAGGCGGCCACAACGGCAACAUCUACCUAAACACGGUGGAGGCCUUUGACCCUCGAAUGAACAGGUGGGAGCUGGUGGGAUCCGUUUCACACUGCCGGGCUGGAGCAGGCGUCGCUGUGUGUUCGUCGCACGUCAGCCAGAUCAGGGAUGUAGGUCAGGGUUCUAGCAACGUGGUCAACUGCAUGUGAUGCUCGCGCUUCACUUGAGGUGCUACAAGUGACUCCGUUAUGUCCCAUGGUCAGUGAACACAACAGCAUUUUAAUCAGGCUAAGUCUACAGAUAAACUAUAUAAGUACAGUACUGUAUACACACACAGGGGUCCACAACAGAAAACUUUCAUAAGCAAUGAUAAUAAAAAAAAAAAAGUUUUGUAAAAUGCCUAAGUAUUAGAAAUUAGGGCGAUUAUUUUGUAUACAAAAUUUAAGAAAUAAUAUACAAAGAAAUGUUUUAUACGUCAGGUGUAAGUUGACCCUGCAAAACUGCAAAAAACUUCCUGAGCCCUGAAUUGGAGUCUUCAACCCCUGAAAUCCAGUACCUUUUGUAUUUAUUUAUGUAUUUAGAUACACCUGUAUGUAUGUAUGUAUGUAUGUAUGUUUUAAAAAAAGCUAUGUUUGUGUGAGUAAGAAAAGGCUAAAUAGCAUGGCCUCUAAGCUGCUGUAAAAAAAAUCAUGCUUGAACAAUCACUACGACUGACAAAUCUCUCAUCUCGUUGGAAGCGCCAGUGCCAAAAAAAAAGCCAACAAGAACUUAGUGAUGCCGUUUGAUGUUUGCAAUGUUGAACUUGAACACCAAGUCAGGGACCGCUUUGUGUUGUAAAGACGAUAGCUGGUCUGUCAGAGAAUCUCAUUGUGUUGAGUUGCUUAUAUUUUAAUAUAUCAUCACGUUUGUUUUUUUAUUAUGUCAACAAAUUGUCAUAUCUUUGCUCGUAGUAUACAAUCAUACUUUGCUGUGCAACAUGUAUAUAAAUUAGUUAGAAGUAUUUUUAAUACAAUGCAUUUCCAGCAUGUUUUUUAACUUUGUAAACGUGAGCAAACACACUGGUACAAUAUUUGUCAUUUUUUGCCACAUUUAUCCCCCAAUACUGUACUUUUAAAUGUGUUUUUGUUGUAAUUGUUUCAAUAAAAGUAAUAAAUAUAUCAA